GGAAUGUGAGUCUCGUUGCCGCUCCGUCACACAAGACGCAUCACCGCAAGAGCUCUUUCCGCGCAUUGGCACUUCGUCCGUUCUUUCUUACGACUCCUUACAACAGCAACAAAGCGCACCAAAGUACGCGUAGCUGCGGCACCUCUUGCUUUGCUGCCCAUGCCCGCUAUUCCCACUCUUCCCCGCCGCGAGCUCGGCAAGAGCGGCCUGUUCGUUUCUCAGAUCGGUCUCGGCUGCAUGGGCAUGAGCUUUAGUAUCGGCUCUCCUGAGGCUCGCGACGACAAGAGGAGCAUUGAGGUUAUCCGCGAAGCGUUCCGCCUCGGCAUCAACUUCUUCGACACCGCCCAGGUGUACGGACCGCACAAGAACGAAGAGCUUCUUGGCGAGGCCAUCUCUACCCUGCCGCGCGACCAGCUGGUGAUCGCCACCAAGUGCGGCAUCUACACGCGCGACGGCAAGUCCGUCGCCGACUCGCGGCCGGAGAUCCUUCGCGACGCCAUCGAGGGCUCGCUGAAGCGGCUGCGCACGAGCUACGUGGACCUGUACUACAUCCACCGCAUCGACCCCACCAUCCCCAUCGAGGACGUCGCGCGCACGAUGCUGCAGUUCAAGAAGGAGGGCAAGAUCCGCCACUGGGGCGUGAGCGAGGCGAGCGUUGCCACGGUCCGCCGCGCCCACGCCGUGUUCCCGCUGACCGCCGUGCAGAGCGAGUACUCGCUGAUGUUCCGCGAGCCGGAGAAGGAGCUGAUCCCCACGCUGCGCGAGCUGGGCAUCGGCUUCGUGCCCUUCAGCCCGCUGGGCCGCGGAUUCCUGACCGCCACCAUCAACGCCGACACGAAGUUCGACGCGGGCGAUAUCCGCGCCAACCUCCCCCGCUUCUCGAAAGACAACGUCGCGAAGAACCUCGCGCUUGUGAGCUUGGUGAAGGAGAUGGCGGAGCGGAAGGGUGCCACGCCCAGUCAGAUCGCCCUUGCCUGGGUGACGUCGCAGGCCCCGUUCAUCGCGCCGAUCCCCGGCACCACGAAGCUGGAGCGCCUGAAGGAGAACAUCGGGUCUGUCGCGGUGCACUUCACGCCGGACGAGCUUGCGGACUUCACAAAGAAUUUUGACGCCCUUAGCGUAGAGGGAGACCGUUACCCCGCCGCGCUGGAAGCGAUGGUUGACCGCAGCCGUUGA